ACCGCGUCCAGAAAAGACCAGGCAGCCGGCAAUUUCUCAUUUCAUUUCUCCAUUUCCUCGUCGCCUACGCUUCUCCGACCCCACGCCUCCCCCACCCUCCCCGACCGAAUCCCGUCUCGUUCCCCGCCCGAUCCAUCCGCCGGUCCGCUCCCCCGCCGAUGGCGAUCGGGCCCAAUCGCCGCCUCGUCCUGGCGCUCCGGCCGUUCGGGAUUUGCUGACAGGACAUUGAGAUUUAGGCCUCGGUUGCUAGGUUGGUCCGGGGGGGAAUCUGGUGCGGGGCGCCGGUCGGUUGAGCUCGUCGGCCGGGCGGUUCUGCGACUGCGGGGGGGCGAUGGGGCUGCUGUUCGUGGAGUCGCUCCCGGGGCCCAAGGUGUUCAAGUGCAAGCACUGCAGGGUGGACUCGGCGUCGCCGGCCGCCAUCGUGUCCAAGGAGUUCCGCGGCCGACACGGCCGCGCCUACCUCUUCGACAGCGUGGUGAAUGUGAGCUUUGGUCCGAACGAGGAUCGUCAGCUCAUGACUGGAAUGCAUACAGUCAAUGAUAUCUACUGUAGCUGCUGCCAACGACUCCUUGGCUGGAGAUAUGAGAAAGCUUAUAACGAAGACCAGAAAUACAAAGAAGGCAAGUACAUACUGGAAAAGAACAUGAUGCUCAAAGAAUGAUGGUAGCUGACGAAAUCAAUCAACUAUUAAGUCUGCAAAAGCAGACCUUUCCAACUGUGUAAAGUAUUCAUGAACAUUUGUUGUUUGUGGUUUCCUAAACGUUAUUGUGCCGGAGAAGACCAAGUGUGAUGAAAAUCAGUUUAUGAAAUAUUUUGGUGUCACGCUC